AUGGCUCAAAGUACUGGCCCGCUAUCAUUCACGGAACAGUUUGCCUUGAGAAACCUGGGCAACAAUAAGUUCGAAACCAUCAAUAACCCACAGCGAAUGGGCAACCCGUCGAACAUAGCAUAUGGUGGCUAUGCCCUCGAUACGGCCUGCAAAGCAGCCUGCCUCUCUGUGCCUGAAGGCUACCACCUGUACUCCAUGCUGGGUAACUACUUGGGACCAGCAUACACAGACCGACCAUUACGUGUCAGUGUGCGCGAGAUCCGACAAACACGAACCUUUGCCACGCGGCAAGUAGAGAUAAGCCAGGAGCGCGACGACGGAAAGAAGCGCACAUGUCUCAUGGGCCUCGCAGACUUCCAAGUGCAAGAACAAGCAGCGUUAUUGAAAUACUCGCGCGCGCCGAACGAGUCGUACCCGCAUUGGAAAGACUGUCCAACGCAGCACGACGCCGAACAAAAACUGCUUGAUGAAGGCAAAAUCUCACAGGUCCUUCUUGAUGCUCAUACCGCAAACUUCAGCCUUAUGCCUGCUAUCUUCGACCAGCGCUCUAUCCCUUCCAGCAUCUUCGCACAAAACCUCUACGGGAUGGCCAAAUAUUUGCCUCACUCUCAGGACUCACUUCCCCUUGCCAAACGCACAACAGCAGACUGGUUCCGCUGCCACCAGCCCCUCCCCACCACUGCGGACCACACGACCAACCUCGCAUUCCUGAUCGACGGCGCUAUAGCCUUUACGCCGCUGAGUUUCAGCCACUUGUUUUUCGAGGAUGUGGCUGCGGUGAGUAGUCUGGACUUCGCGCUGAGGUUUUUCAUUAAUGAUGUAGAUGUGACUCAAUGGCAUUUGAGGGAAAUGAGUACUACUGUAGGGGCUGAGGGGCGCUCGUUUGGGGAGAGUUGGGUUUGGGAUGAGCGGGGGAGGGCCGUGGCGUACAUGAGCCAGCAGAGCAUACUUAGGCCGAAAGUGGAGAGGAAGGAGAGGGCAGAAAAGCUCUGA